AAUCAAUCAUUCUUAAUUACAAAUUUUAGGUUAUCUGUUUUUCUGAUUAUUUGAGGACGAGUGGGGACGUCAAAAUUAGUUAGCCCAUUUAUUCCAAUAUGGUCGUCUAAGGGACAUGAUGCAAUUUUUUUCGAUCACACAAAUUAUUGUUGCCCAAAAAUAUUAAUGAUGAUUCAAAGACAAAACCAUGUGACUCCAUUUGCCUAUGUUUACAACUCUCACAUCUAGAUUUUUGAAGAAUACAGCAACUCUUGUUUGCCUAUAUAUAAAACACCAUUUCUUCAUUUACAAAUAACAACUUCUUAAUUAAAAUAUUAUUGUUUUCUCAUUUUUCACAAUACUUCAAAGAAACUAAUUGAUUUGAGGUAAACAAGAUUCAGUUUAUACAGAAAUGGCCAUCCGUCAAAUGCUAAGACGAUCUUUAUCCAACGAAAGAAGAUCAACUGAAGUUCCAAAAGGGCAUUUGGCCGUUUAUGUUGGGGAGAGUGAAAAGAAGCGAUUUGUCAUUCCACUAUCGUAUUUGAAUCAUCCUUCGUUCCAAGAAUUGCUAUGCCAAGCUGAAGAAGAAUUCGGAUUUCAUCAUCCGAUGGGUGGCCUCACAAUUCCUUGCAGUGAGGAGUUAUUCAUUGAUAUCACCUCUUACUUGAGGAGAUAGAACUUGAUAUACAUACACAUAUACUAGGUCUUAGAGCAAUAGAAUUUUAGUUAGCUAGUUCGUGAACGAUUUUAUUUAAAUUUCAUUUUUGUACACAGUGAAGAUACUUUGUCGGAUACAAAAUGUAUUCUUGCACAAAUUAAUGGUAUCAUUAUCUACAAAAUAUUUUUAG